GCCAUGAGGCGCGUGAAGAAGUACCUGCUGAAGGGCCUGCACCGGCUGCAGAAGGGCCCCGGCUACACGUACAAGGAGCUGCUGGUGUGGUACUGCGACAACACCAACACCCACGGCCCCAAGCGCAUCAUCUGUGAGGGGCCCAAGAAGAAAGCCAUGUGGUUCCUGCUCACGCUGCUCUUCGCAGCCCUUGUCUGCUGGCAGUGGGGCGUCUUCAUCCAGACCUACCUGAGCUGGGAGGUCAGCGUCUCCCUGUCCGUAGGCUUCAAGACCAUGGACUUCCCCGCCGUCACCAUCUGCAAUGCCAGUCCCUUCCAGUAUUCCAAAGUCAAGCAUUUGCUGAAGGACCUGGAUGACCUGAUGAAAGCAGUCCUGGAGAGGAUCCUGGCUCCUGAGACAAGCCAUGUCAAUGCCACCAGGGCCCUGAACUUCACCAUCUGGAAUCACACACCCCUGGUCCUUAUUGACGAGCGGAAUCCCAAUCACCCAAUAGUCCUUGACCUCUUUGACAAUAACCAUACUGGCUCAGCAAACAGCAGCCUCACACCAGGAAAGAUCUGCAAUGCCCAGGGCUGCAAAAUGGCCAUGAGACUAUGCAGCAUCAAUGGGACCAUGUGCACCUUCCGGAACUUCACCAGCGCCGCCCAGGCCGUGACAGAGUGGUACGCCCUGCAGGCCACCAACAUAUUCUCGCAGGUGCCGCAGCAGGAGCUGGUGCGGAUGGGCUACCUUGCGGAGCGGAUGAUCCUGGCCUGCCUGUUCGGGGCAGAGCCCUGCAGCUACCGGAACUUCACAUCCAUCUUCUACCCUGAUUAUGGCAACUGCUACAUCUUCAACUGGGGCAUGACAGAGAAGGCGCUCCCUUCAGCCAACCCUGGAACUGAAUUCGGCCUCAAGUUGAUCCUGGACAUAGGCCAGGAAGACUACGUCCCCUUCCUCACAUCCACGGCGGGGGCCCGGCUCAUGCUGCACGAGCAGAGGUCGUACCCCUUCAUCAGAGACGAGGGCAUCUACGCCAUGUCAGGGACGGAGACCUCCAUCGGGGUGCUGGUGGACAAGCUACAGCGCAAGGGUGAGCCUUAUAGCCGGUGCACCAUGAAUGGCUCCGACGUCCCCGUCCAGAACCUCUACAGCGACUACAACACAACCUACUCCAUCCAGUCCUGCCUUCGCUCCUGCUUCCAAGAGCACAUGAUCCAUAACUGCAGCUGCGGCCACUACCUGUACCCACUGCCACACGGAGAGAAAUACUGCAACAACCAGGACUUUCCCGACUGGGCCUACUGCUACUCAGACCUGCAGAUGAGCGUGGCCCAGAGAGAGACCUGCAUCAGCAUGUGCAAGGAGUCCUGCAAUGACACCCAGUACAAGAUGACCAUCUCCAUGGCCGACUGGCCUUCUGAGGCCUCUGAGGACUGGAUUUUCCAUGUCUUGUCCCAGGAGCGGGACCAAAGCACCAACAUCACCCUGAGCAGGAAGGGAAUUGUUAAGCUCAACAUCUACUUCCAAGAAUUCAACUAUCGCACCAUUGAAGAGUCAGCAGCCAACAACAUUGUCUGGCUGCUCUCCAAUCUGGGCGGCCAGUUCGGCUUCUGGAUGGGGGGCUCCGUGCUGUGCCUCAUCGAGUUUGCAGAGAUCAUCAUCGACUUUGUGUGGAUCACCAUCAUCAAGCUGGUGGCCUUCGCCAAGAGCCUGCGGCAGCGGCAAGCCCAAGCCGACUACGCUGGCCCGCCGCCCACCGUGGCCGAGCUGGUGGAGGCCCACACCAACUUCGGCUUCCAGCCGGAUACAGCCAGCCAGAGACCCAACACUGGGGCCUACCUUGAUGAGCAGACCCUGCCCAUCCCAGGCACCCCGCCCCCCAACUAUGAUUCCCUGCGUCUGCAGCCCCUUGACGUCAUCGAGUCUGACGGUGAGGGCGAUGCCAUCUAG